UAUCCGUUCGCUCGUGGUACCCUGUCCUUCAAAUUUGUCAAAAACCGUUCUGACUGCAUCGGACAAUCAGUAUUAAUAUUUAUUCAUAUUAUUGUUUUGCUUAUAAAUUGUUACGCAGGGAACGAUCAAUCAUACUUUCCGUUCAAAGACCAAUCUGUUUUUACAAUGCAUAUUAAGGGGCAUCAUUAUUUGAGUUCAGAUGGAGAAUGGUCGAUCUUUGGAAGCGAUAGCGAAGAGUCACAGUCCGAGAAAAAGACAUCUUUGAACGUGUGUCCAGUGCCGGCAGUAGAGUCAUUGGCACCGCGGGCGAGUAUACAAAUAUGCGACACUCCACAAGUAGUACAACCAAUAUCAGCUAGAAACUCAAAAAUUAAAGUGCCGGCAGUAGAGUCAUUGGCGCCGCGGGCGAGUAAACAAAAAUGCGGCAUUCCACAAGUAGUACAACCAAUAUCAGCUAGAAACUCAAAAAUUAAAGUGCCGGCAGUAGAGUCAUUGGCGCCGCGGGCGAGUAAACAAAUAUGCGACACUCCACAAGUAAAUAUUAGUCAUAGUUUUAACAUUAUAUCUUUGAGUCGCCCCGCUUUCAACAAGCGUCCUGGGCUCAGGCACAGGUCGCCGACCCCUAACACCGAUCUUGCGUCGGUGUGA